AAAUUGCAGGUCUGUGAUAGAUCCAAAACUCGAUAUUUUACAGACUUCAGUGAUGGUGUCUGUGAGAAGAGCUUCUAAUGAUAUGGAACUGCCGGCCCCUAGAACUCCCUGCAACAAGUUACCAACGGUAAUGACAUGGCAACGUACGUCUCCAAAUGGCUACUUUCUCCAGAAUAAAUGGCAUUCGCUGUUGUGUACUAACACUUUGCCCCGCACCACUGAUGCCUACAGACGAUGCUUGAAAGGAAGGACGCUCUGGCUUCAUGGGGAUUCAACCAGUAAUCAGUUUAAAGGUUCUCUUCAUUCAAUUUUACACUUUCCAUCCCAUACCGACGCGCAUGUACCGACUACAGACACAGAUGUUACACACAAUUUUUCAAUUUCCUGGCACGCUCAUGAACUACCGUUCUAUAAUGGAGCUCGACGCUAUGACAGGUCAACACACCAGGGACAGAACGUCAUGAUGGACCGUCUCCCGAACACAACCAAGGACAUCGUAGUGUUGUAUAUGUACGUUCAUUUCACGCUUGUCCAUCCGGAUGUGUUCAGGCGACAUGUUCAGAGACUUGUUCCAUCAGCAAAGAACCUCUUGGCACGCGCUCCUAAUGUUACACUUGCAGUUCGCGGUCCACAUGCGUUUUUCAGACCUAUGCACGGUUUGUUAUCCUACUGGGGUCUUCUGUACACUAACAUUUGGCAUGAGGCAUUUGCUUCACUGCAACACAAGAUUGUUUAUCUAGAUUUCUGGGACUUGACUAUGGCUAAAACUUCUCGGGAUUUCCACCCAGCAGAGGACACAGUGAAAGAAAUGGUGCACACCAUGAUGUCACUUCUGUGCUUUAGAAAGUGAAAGAGUCAUGUGGACUUAUCCUUUGUUGUCUGUAUUGUAACCGUGAAGGUUGUCUCUCCUCAAAUGUUCCGAUUUUUUUCAGGGUAUAUAUUACAUGGACCUUUGUAAUGAUGAUUGUAUCAUGGUAGUAUGGUGGCAGUUAGUCAGUCAUGGAUUAUUCUUAGCUUUGAAGGGAAUGUUUCACUGUAGAAUAGCACUCUUAGACAGAUGAUUCAAACUAAUGAUUCUGUAUGUGGAACUUCUCAGUCUGAAUCCAAAGUUUCUUCGGUAAAUAGAUGUUUACGUUUGAACAAAAUGAAACCCUUAGAAUGAGCCAUAUGCAUUGGGUCCCUUUAGAUGCGAAGACAGACUAUGGCAUUAGGCCAUAUUAGACGACUAUAGGCGAUUAGAACAACCACUUGCCACGUGCACACUUGGAUUACUAACAACGUACAUUGUAGGACUUGGUCAAUGCCAAGAAAACGUGAUUUUGAUGUGUCUUCAUGCUGUUGGUUUGUUGUUUAACGCCGCGUUCAGCAAUAGUCCAGCUAUGUGGCGGCGGUCUGUAAAUAAUAGAGUCUGGACCAGAUAAUCCAGUGAUCAACAGCAUUAGCAUCGAUCUACGCACUUGGGAUACGGUGACCCUGACCACACGAUGCCGUUAAUCGCCUCUUACGACAAGUUUGGGUUACUGAAGACCAAUUCUAAAUCGAAUCCUUACGUGUUCCUCAAGCGGACGACAUCAUGAUCAAUGCACUGACAUUGACUGUAUGUUAGAAACUGUGAAAGUGUAUGCACAUUCAUUAUAUAAAAUUCGAAAGAGACGAUGGAGGAGAUAUUUUCUGGGGGGAUUAUUUAGCGGGUUUAGUUAGUGGUACUGUUUAUUUUACAAUUAAUGUGGAUACAAGUAAGGUUAUUGUGGUUUAAAUACCGGAAUGAAUAAAGUUUUGAAAACUG